GGCUUUAGCAAGGCUAUAAAUCUCGUUUUAAGUGACAUUUAUGCAUUAGCAAACGAAAUGCAGGAACUGAGUGACAUUGUAAGCAGAUGUCACCUUUCCUUGUCCUUACUCUGUAUAGAAAUAGCCUCCUCGUUAUUCUUCAAGACUGGAAAAAAAAAGUAAAAGAGAUCACGAACUGACUUGCAUCUGUAGCUCGCAAAAAUGCGAGACGGGGCACAAGAUGAGGUGCCCUUGUACAAAGCCAAGUUACGGGCUCAUGAGGCGCGACUAGCUUCUCUGCAAUCUGGAUCUAGUAGCAGUAAUAGCAAUGAUGUUAUUGAUCGGACUAGCGCUGGCGACGAUCAUACUAGACGACAGCGGCUUCUCGAUGAUACAGAAAGGCUCCAACGCUCGAGUCAGCGAUUGCAGGAUAGCCAUCGGCUUGCCCUGGAGACGGAAACUAUGGGUGCCGACAUUCUUCAACAGCUCAAGACACAACGGGAAAGCCUGACGCGUACACAAGAUGCUGUGUCCGAGACUAACUCCUAUAUUGAUAAAGCAUCCAAGACAUUAAAAAGCAUGUCCAGAAGUCGUCGCGGGGAUCGCUGACACCCUGUUCAGAGAUGACAAACACCGUUUCAGUCUCUGGCAGCGAGGGUGAGUCGUAGAUCUUGCAGAUACGGCUCUCGCCUCUACCCUUUCGAAAGUAGAGUCUAGUUUAUACAUUUUUGGUUAACGCAUCAUACAAUUAGUAAAUGCCAAUACCUCUUUCUUCUCU